AUGUGCGGCUGGGGGAAGCGGCCCCGGGCGUCCUGCGCGGCGGCCAACGCGGCCAGUUCGUGCGCUGGCGAGGAUGUUGGCGCCGCCAUGCUGCCUUGCGCUGCGGCGCGCGAGGACCCUGGCCGCGCGAGGCGGCGUGCGACGGCACGGCGGAGUGCUGGCACGGUGUUGUUGUUGCCGCAGUCCCAGGGGAGUUUUGGAGUGGAGGUGGACGCGUGGCCUUCAUGGGCGAUCAUCGCCUUGUUGUCUGGCUGGUGCUGGAGGGUGGUGGUGUCGGCUCUCGUCGACGUUGGCGGCAUCACUUCGAAGAUGGAGAGGCGCAGGUAUAUUGCGAUAGAGCGCAUGGCUACGGCCGACGCAACAUGCGCCACCAACCCGUGCUUGGUGAUUGCGCACCUUAAUCAGAUGGCCGUUUUGAGAUGGAGGGCUCCCGAGCAGCAGCGGUUCGGCAAGAACGUCGCCGAGCAGGAUAUCAAGGCGUGGGACGUGAUGUUCGGUUGCGUGGGUGAGGACCUGGUGUUGGCUUGUUUGGCGCUGCUGAUGGACGUGUCGACCUCCUACGUUUGCGCGUCCAUCGCCAAGCUCAUGGUGAUCGCGGAGAGGUUCGAUCACCCUGUGGACGUGGUCGGCCUCGAGGAGCAGAUGCUUCUGACGCCGCGCUUGCUGCGGGGUCGUUUCUGCGGGCUGCCCCCGCUAGUGGAGGCGACGCGUUCGGCGGUGGUCGGCGCCGGGCACGGCGAUUUCGGCCGCCGGGCGGUGGGCUGGGCGCUGGGCCCGGCGGCCCUGGCUGCGGCCGCAGCAGGAAGGCUCAAUCUGGCGGUCGCGCCAGGCGGGCAGUGGCAGCGCGAGCGGUGCUUGCGGGCAGGCUACUUCCGAAGCAACGGCACUAGCAGGCGCUGCGCGCGGGCGGGGCCGUCGUCGCGGCCGCAGAGCGAAGCGCUGGCCCACCUCGCGACGCCGACCUUCGAAGAUGGAAAGUUGGCGCGGGCAGCGGUGGCCAUCGGGGGGCCGCUCGACUUCUGCCGCGCCUCCACGGGCGCGGUCGCUGCCUUCGGUGACGGUUCAGGCCAGCGGGCCAGCGCGGUCGGCCCCGAGCCUCGCGCGGACGAGCUCGAUUCCAUCGCUGCCCUCGUCGGGCGUCGCGCGCGCAAGGCGCUCGGGCGGGCGUCGGAGGCCGACGCCGAGGUGCCGAAGUUUCGCGCAGAGUCGCUGAUGUUUCUGUUUUUUCAACAGUUUUGCGGCAGGCGCUGCGCUGGACCUGCCGUGACUGAGGCCAGCUUGGCGGCGGCGGCCAGCGGAGGACGCGACCGUGCCCCUACGCAGUCCAUGGGCAGUGCUGCCAGGCGUCUGCCAGGCGGGGCAGGGCGCGGGCAGUGCAGCGUCAAGGACGCGCAGGUGGUGCAGAACCGUCUGUACCGCUCCACCAAGCUCUGGGCGCUCGCCAUCGACCUCGAGGAGUCGCUGGGCACCACCGCCACGGUGCGGGCGGCCUACGACGCGGCCAUCGAGCUCAAGGUGGCGACCCCUUCCCUGAUCCUCAGCUACGCCACUUUCUUGGAGGAGCGGAAGUACUUCGAGGACGCCUUCAAGGUGUACGAGCGCGGCAUCAAGGUCGAGCCCCUCUGCAGGGCAGACGGCUGCAUGUGGCUCUACCGCGCCCGAUCUCCCGGCGCCCUGCUGCGGGGCAGCUGCUCUGCGUUUCCGGGGCACCUCGUGGACCCCGUGGCAGCGCUCGCUGGCUCGUUCCACCUCUACGGGCUGCUCUCCGGGUACGCCAACAUCUGCGGCGAUGGCUGGCAGGCGGCCCCCUCGCCACGGAGGCCUUCCUGCCGGAGCGGCCCGACAUGGCGCGCUGGGGCUUCGGCCUCGUGCGCGCGGCGCUCGAGGGCCUGGGCCCCCUGCUGCCCCCCGGCGCCCGCUCGUGCCUGCUCAUGGUCUCGGCGGCGCGCGCCGCGGGGGCGCGGAGGUCCUCCGCGGGGCGACAUGCGCUCCUGCUUCGCCUCGUCUAUCGGGGGCCCUCUCCGACGCGGGCUGCGGCUCCUCAGGGCGAGCCGGGGCGCCCGGCGCUGGGGCAGGUGGAGGGCGUGCUGCGAGGCGAUGCUGCGCGAGGUCUGGGCGGCCUGCCGCUCCAGGGCGGCAUCGGCGCGCGCCCGCGUCCGCGCCCCGCUGAGGGCGCUGCUGCUGCAGGUGCGGUCUCCAGAAGGCCGGGUGCGGGGGCUUCGCGGUGCCCCUCGCCCGUCGCCAUCUUGCGGCGCGGCUUCGGAUCGACAGGAUGCACACGGGACGGCCGCGCCGGUGGCAACGAGCUUGUGCGAUGCCGCCGGUGCGGAUGGCGUUGCUGACCUUGGCCUUCUGGCCAAUGGCACCGUUCGUGUGUUCGUGCAUGGUGUCAGCCUUCACCGGCACUGCAGCGGCGGGCCCUCGAUGCGAUGGACGCUCGAGUUCCUCGUGUACGUCGCGCCAGGUGGCCCAUGCGUGCUGUGGGCUCACACAUUAUUUGAGUACCCCACUUUGCGCUCGGUGCCUGUUGUGCAGCUGUCGGCCUGGAGAUGCAUCUUCCUAGACGUCGCUGGCAACGAGCUUGGAGAGUCUACCGGUGCAGCGGUCAAUCAUUUCGGCGAGUUCAACGUGUUGCAGUGCCCCGUGCCGGAGCAUGUUGCAAACAGCGUUGUGCCACCUGGUCACAGCAGCAGCACAGUGAGGGUUCGCUUGGAUGCUGGCUCGUGGGCGCUGCCUGUGCUGAACAUCUGCGUCGAAACGGCCGUCACACGUCGCAAGGUCGUUGGAUGCAUGGCUCCUGUCUUCCGCUUCCACGAAGUGGAGCAUGUGGUCCAGCAGUGGUUGCAUUAUCAUGUUGCCAUUGGCGUGGAGAUGAUCAUGUUGUACGACAUAGAUGAUACUGCGAAGGGCAAGCUUGAACUGCUAGGCAUCCCCGCCGAGCUCCUCCGCCGAGUCCCGGGCUCGCGGCUAUCGCCCCUAGUGCCAGAGCUCCUGGAGCACGGCGCCGGGCGCCUGCGGGUGCGCGAGCUCUUCAACCACCUCGCCCAGAACCACUGCCUCUUCCAGGUGAAGGGGCGGGCGGACUGGCUGCUCAACGACAUGGCUCUCGACCAGUACCUGGCCGUGCCCUCCGGGGGCCCCUUCGGCGUGGGCAGGGUGCUCGAGCGCCUGUCCAGGGCCCGCGGAGACGCUGCGACGCUGGACAUCCCCUGGGUCCACUUCUCGGGGCGCCUGGGCCGGCGCAGCCCGUACCUCGUAGAGGCCCUGCAGCACCGGCAGCCUCGCCAGGAGGCGCCGCGCGCUGGCGGCGCCGCCCCGACGUACCUGGACCUGCAGGCAGGGGACCCCGUGGUGAACCCGGAGAACGUGCUGGCGGUGGCCUCCGAGAUGGCGAUCGGGCGUCGCGGGACGGUCCACGCCGAGGGGAGUGCGGCAGGCUUCCUCCGCUGGAACCACUAUGUCGACCUGCACGGCCCGCGCCUGGACGGCCUCCCUGCGGACGUGGUCGACAACGGCUCCGCGUGGGCGGCACGGCUCCUGCGCGCCCUGGCGCCGCCACCCCCCGACCUGGCCGACUGGGCCCCCGGCGCCUGGUGCUUCCGGGAGGCGCCCCGGCAGGUGCGCGAGGAGCUCCGGGGGCUCUGCUGCCCGCCGUCGUCGGGGGCGGCCUCCGGGCCGCCGCCGGAGGCCUGCUGGCCGCCGUGGCACGCGAGGCGGCCGGAGCUGUGCUGCUGGGCGGGGGGCGGCGGGGCCGCCUGA